AGCGUCGUCCAAACGUCAUGAAAUAAUUACAAAAAAAAAAAGAUUUUCGUUUCGUGUGAAAAAUUCUGAAAAAAUAUUUCUAUGUACUGUAGUAUGUAUAAUACAACAAAAUUUUAGAAAAGCUAUUUUAUUUAAAUGGGAAAUAUUUUAUAAAUAAAUUCAUUCGUGUCCUUAAAGAAAACCUAGUAAUAUGUCACAUGUAACAGACAUGAAAAUUCUCUUCUCUAGGUUAUUUUCUAUAAAAAACGGGCUUAACGUUCCUAGAUGGGGAAUUAGAAGCUAUAGCCGUGAUAUUGAUCGGCCUGCACAACCUUUGUCAAAAGGCAGUGUAACGCCGCUUCCUCCCUUGUCAGAGCCAAUACCCAGCCUUCCACCAGUGGUCUACUCCACUGCCAUAUCUGAAGAUGCAAUCACUGAAGUCACCACCCUCAGCAAUGGCCUGAGGGUAGCGUCGGAGAAAAAGUUUGGUCAAUUUUGUACAGCUGGUGUUGUCAUUGAUUCUGGCCCAAGAUAUGAAGUGGAAUAUCCAAAUGGUAUAUGUCACUUCCUUGAAAAAUUAAGCUUUGGUGCCACAAACAAAUUUCCUACUCGUGACGUCAUGCUGCUUGAGUUAGAGAGGCAUGGUGGUAUUUGUGACUGCCAAGGAUCACGUGACACAACUGUCUACGCUACCAGUGCCGAUUCCAGGGGUCUUGAAGCUGUUACACAGGUACUAGCAGAGGUGACACUAAGGCCGCAACUGUCCUCUGAUGAAAUAGAGGCUGCAAGACAAGCAGUUGCAUUUGAAUUGGAGACACUCUCUAUGAGACCAGAGCAAGAAACCAUUUUGAUGGAUAUGAUACAUGCUGCUGCAUACAAAGACAACACACUUGGACUGCCAAAGAUUUGCCCGCACCAGAAUAUGCUCAAAAUAGACAGAGGUGCCAUAUUGAAUUUCUUGAAAAACCACUACACACCGGACAGAAUGGUUGUCGCCGCUGUCGGGGUAGAUCAUGAACCAUUUGUAGAGUAUGUCCAAAAAUAUUUUGUGGACACAAAACCUACGUGGAGCUCUGAAGAUAAUUUCAAGCCAAAAGUGGAUAAGUCCAUUGCAAAGUACACAGGAGGUAUGCAGCAGGAAGAAUGUGAAAUACCACUAUAUCCAGGCUCAGAUUUACCCGAAUUAUCACAUGUUGUCAUUGGCCUGGAAAGUUGUUCCCAUAGCGACCCGGAUUUCGUGGCGACGUGCGUGCUCAACAUGAUGAUGGGCGGUGGCGGCUCGUUCUCGGCGGGCGGGCCCGGUAAGGGCAUGUAUACGAGGCUUUACACCAAUGUACUUAACAGGUACCACUGGAUGUUCAACGCGACCGCGUACAACCACGCAUACGGCGACACCGGCCUGUUCUGUGUGCACGCUGCUUCGCCGCCAAACCGCAUUUAUGACACCACCAUUGUCAUUGCUAGGGAGCUCGCCAACAUGGCCGGGAAAGUCGGCGAGUCCGAGUUGAGAAGAGCAAAAACCCAGCUACAGUCAAUGCUGUUGAUGAAUCUGGAAGCGAGACCGGUGGUGUUCGAGGACGUCGGUCGUCAAGUGCUGGCCACUGGCAAGAGAAAGCCGCCAUCUUUUUUCAUUAACGAAAUUGAAAAGAUAACAGCUGAGGACAUAACUCGCGUGGCCCGCCGCAUGCUCGGCAGCCGGGCUUCAGUAGCGGCUCGCGGCAAGCUCACGCACCUCCCGAGCUUCGACGAGAUCCAGGCCAACAUGACUCUGUCUAGCGACGCGCCGCAGGGGCGACGCCUCAACCUCUUCAGGGCUUAAUUAUGCUGAUUAUAUUAUUACAUUGCAGAUUGUAUUCAAUUAUAUUGUUAAUAAAAUUUAGAGUAAA